AUGAUAGAUACGUCUACCUACUUCAGGAUGCAUCAGCCUCAGUCCCCAAACCCUUCUCAUAUCGUCCCGCAAUUUGACCCCUGGCCUCCAUUCAUCCCUCGCAAGGCUGCACCAGAUGACUCGUCGAUUCUCUGGCUUCCGCCAGUUCUCUAUAUCGAACAACUCCAUCCCAUUCAAUGGAAUAAGAAAGCGUUUGAUCAACUUGUUCUAGGGAAGAGGACCAAGGGACUUGUGAAAGCACUUGUGGAGGCCCGAAUCUCCUCAGAAAGAAUGGAAGAUACACUAACAGCUGAAAUUGCUGAGAAGCCGUUAUACCGAGUCACUUGCGGUGAUCUUGGGACGAAAGCAACUGAUGUGGAGAAGUAUAUGCAGACCGUCCUUUACCUUGGAAAAACAUGGAACUGCGUCCUAUUUCUAGAUGAAGCGGAUGUGUUCCUUGAAGAAAGGACAACUGGUUAUGCUGAUCUGGAACGCAACAGUCUAGUUUCCGUCUUUCUUCGCAUCUUGGAAUACUACGACGGCAUACUCAUCCUUACUAGUAACAGGGUUGGGAUUUUUGAUGAAGCAUUCAAAUCACGAAUUCAAGUAUCUUUGCAUUACGAGGAUCACACAGCUUCGGCACGCAAAGCGAUUUGGAAGAAUUUUAUCAAUAUACUAGAGAGUUCUAGUGCCAAUGCGAACAUUGGUGAACUUGAAGACCAUCUUGACGAGCUUGCUCAAGAGGAGAUGAACGGCAGGCAAAUCAGGAAUGCGAUGACUACCGCUAGACAGCUAGCGCUACAUCAAAAGGAGCGAUUAGAUUGGACACAUCUUGAACAAGCGCUCUCAACUGCCAAGGAAUUUGAUCGGUAUCUGAAGGUGCAAGGUGGUCACUCUGAUAAGCAAUGGGCGAGGGAUAACCGGUGGAGAUAA